UUGUUGGACUCAAUCAUAACAUUAAACAUAUGAUACAAAUAUUAUUAAAUUUUAUACAAAUUUCAGUGAAAAUACAAUAAAGUUUUGAAUUUUUGGACACAAUUUGAUGCGAUUAUUACUUAUGAGAUAAUGUCGACAAACGAUAUAAGCGGUGAUCGACCUCGCAGUAGGUCUGGUCUCAAACAACACUACCCGAGUGGUGACCACCAGAUGACCACCGGUUCAUCCAUUUGUGAUCCGUUUGACAUAAACAGCGCUGAAUUCAAUUGUGAUCUCUAUUUGAAUAAAUUACUCAAAGACAGUACAUUAUCUGAAUUGAUGGAAACAGAACAGAGUCUCUACAAACAGAUCCAAUCGCUGGACAGCGAAAUGCAAACAUUAGUUUACGAGAACUACAAUAAGUUCAUCAGCGCUACAGAAACCAUACAAAAAAUGAGUUCUCAUUUCGACAAAAUGGAAGAAGAGUUGACUUUGUUAUCGACAAACAUGGAAGAGAUCACCAAAAAUAGUGAACAAAUAUCAACCAAUUUAAAGGGUCGAAGGGGUGAUCUCUCAAAGUUAGCCAACACUCACGAUGUAUUGACUAAAUUGCAAUUUCUCUUUGAAUUAUCACCAAAAAUGCGUGAAUCUAUUGAACAAAAUCAAUACAAUGAAGCCGUGAAGUGUUAUUUGAGAGCCGAACAGACAUUAGGACUAUAUAUUCAUUUCCCGUCAAUUCAAGCCAUUAAUGAAGAAUGUCUGAUAAUUGUCAACCAAUUGAAAGAUAAAUUAUAUCAGCAAUUGACUAAUCAAGAGGCUUCUCCCAACCAAUUGAAUGAAAGUAUAGAAUUGUUGCUUAAACUGAAAGAGCCCACAGAAAAGCUGUGUCGGGAAUACCUAUUUAUGGUCGACAAGAGGCUCGACAUUAACUUUUCAGAGCUCUACUAUCAAAAUGAUUUGGCAAAUAAAGUGGUGAACACUAAUUCAGAUGAUUCACAAACACUUAUGGAUAUUCUUGAAUACAUAGACAUCGGUUGUAACGGAUUUUUAAGUAAUUUAUCGCUUUCUAUACAAUUCUUUUCGGAUACUUUUCUACAGAAGUCAUAUAAUAAGUUAUCAAAAGAUAAUUCAAUUGAAAUAAUUAAAACUACUUUAAAAGAGUUUGUCGAUAAAAAUAUGGAUAAAUUUUUUGAUAUUAUACUAAAGCGACUUCAUUUGGAAAAGAUGUCACUCAACGAUACGGUUGUAUUUGUCAGAGCAGUCGACAGAUUAUAUAAAAGACUUUUGACUCUUAAUCGGAUCUACGAUUUGAGCGACUUUUCAAUCAAAGCUAUGAGUAUUGUGGAGAAGGCCAGUGAAGAUCAGUGCCAACAACUGUUGAAUUACUUGAGGAUUAAAUAUCAGGAAGAAUUGACUAAUAUUAGACACUCUAUAUUGAGUACUACUUCGUUACAAACUGUGUCCACUUCACGACAUAUUGUCAAAGAAAAGCAAACCAUAACAGAUCUAUUGAUAACAUUGCAGACAUCGAUCAGUGAACUCGUUAAAUCAGUUGUGGCGGCACUCAUGCCUUUUACUGAUCCAGAGGUGACAUUUGCUGCAAAAACACAAUUUCAGCAGAUUUUUAGCUCGAGAUUCGCCCGCGAAGUAGUUGUCAUCGGUUUUAUUCGACAUAUUUUAUCAAAUUCUUUAGAAUACGAAAAGAAUUAUUCGACCGCAACAUCUCCUCCAUCUCAACUCAUUUUAUUAUUAUCCCGACUCUGUCUUGACUUUGAAACAUCUAUUAUCGGUUAUCUUUUAUCCUUCACCGAUGAACAGUUCAAUAUUUAUAACAAUAACGGUAAUAAUCAAAAUAUAACAUCAGUGUCUGAUCUAUGUAAAGAAGCGCGAGAAACGGCUCAAAAACUACUUAACCAUUACGUUAGGCUCGAAGGACAUAACAUCUCUCAAAUGAUUAGGAAAAGUGUCGAAACAAGAGAUUGGUUGAGUACUGUUGAGCCACGAUCUGUGCGGUCAGUCAUGAAAAGAGUGAUUGAAGAUAUUUCGCAAAUUGAUUCACAGGUCGGACAACUCUAUGAGGAAGGACUGAGACUUGAAAGAAGUUCAGAUUCUAGUAAAAGUCGUCGAACUUUUAGUGCUAUUGGAGUCGGGAAUCGGCAUUCGGCCAAUAAAUCAUCGAAUUGGAGCGCAUAUGGACCGAGCACUUUUGACAACAGUCUUAUGUCAAAUAUCCAAAAAUUAUUUACCGAACGGAUUGAAAUCUUCGGUUCGGUUGAGUUUUCACGACUUUCUGUUUUGACUGGAGUUAUCAAAAUAGGUCUUAAAACAUUAAUAGAGUGCGUCCGGUUGUGUACAUUCAGUCGAUAUGGUUUACAGCAAAUGCAAGUCGACUCGUAUUACUUGCAAACCCAUGUCUGGCAGUACGCCUCCGAUGAAAAUUUGGUUUACGUCUUGAUUGAUGAAGUUUUGUUAAGUGCUGUCCACCGAUGUAUUGAUGCCGUAAUGAUGGAAAUGAGUGUGGUCGAGAAAAUAUGUGAUGGAUUUUAAUAUAGAAAUAUUUAAAUGUUUUUAAAUACAAAAAUUAAAAUUGUUUAAAAAU